AUGAAUUAUCGGAAUGGGAAGAAAAGCACCAACCAGAAGAAGAAAAAGUCCACGAAUCAUUCUUCUUCUGAUGAGGAUGAUGAGUACAAGAAGGCGGCCGCUGCGGGGCCCCGGCGGCAGGCCACGGUCAACGUCAGCUACAAGGAGGACGAUGACCUGAAGACCGACUCCGACGACCUGGUGGAAGUUCUCGGUGAAGACGUCCCGGCGCCUGAGGAAGAGGAGUUUGAGACAUUGGAGAAAGUAAUGGAGUCCAGGAUAGGGAGGAAAAGAGCCACAGGAAGUGUCACCACUGUGUACGCCAUAGAAGCAGAUGGGGACCCUAAUCUCAACUUCAAUCCCAACAAAGAGGCUGGGGACAUCCAGUAUCUGAUCAAGUGGAAGAACUGGGCGCAUAUCCACAACACCUGGGAGACAGAGGACACACUCAAGUUACAGAAUGUCAAGGGCAUGAAGAAACUGGACAACUUCAAGAAGAAGGAUACGGAUAAAAAGAGAUGGUUAAAAGCUGCAUCACCGGAGGAUGUAGAGUAUUUCAAUUGUCAGGAAGAAUUAAUGGACGACCUGCACUCUCAGUACCAGAUAGUGGAGCGAAUCAUAGGACAUUCCAACCAAAAGUCAGCGGCGGGUUACCCAGACUAUCUGUGCAAGUGGCAGGGUUUGCCAUAUUCGGAGUGUAGCUGGGAGGACGGCGCUCUCAUUGGCAGGAAGUUCCAGAAAUGCAUCGACAACUACAUGAGCAGAAACCAGUCCAAGAACAUUCCUUUCAGAGACUGCAAGGUGCUCAAACAGAGACCCAGGUUUCUGCCUAUGAAGAAGCAGCCGACGUACAUAGGAGGUGAAGGACUGGAGCUCCGAGACUACCAGUUGGACAGCUUGAAUUGGAUGGCCCACUCCUGGUGCAAGUAUGUUUCAUCCUUUUAA